CAGAACGAGAGAAGACAAUACCCAGGACACCAUUUGCCAGUUUGAUUAGGGAUCAUACGGGAAUUACAGUUAUGCGCAACGUGUACAGUAGUUCAAGUUGGAUUCUGACUACACAGGUGGAUGAACAGACAAAGUGACACUUUUUGAAGGAGGAGCGAGGCAAGAGUAUACUGCAAACACUUUCAAUCAGAGUGAGAAAAUGUGAUCAUUAUACAUGAAGAUGUUUUGGUUUUUAGUUGUUUUUUUUGCCUCUGAAUGAUGAUUUAACAGUGAACCUUCAGGCAGUAUAUGUGCUAGAGUGCUGAAGUGAUUCUACUGACAUGAAUCCAGUCAGUCAGCAUCAGAAUGUCUUCAUUUCUUUUGUAGAGAAAACAGCAAAGAAAAUCAAUUUAGAAAAAUCUCCAGCCUUGCCUAAAAGUAAUGCAAUUCUGAACAGAUUUUCUUGUGACAAAUGUCGCUUUUCGUCAAGAGACAUGGAUCAGUUCAAUAAGCAUGCCUUGCAGCACGUGGAAAUGACCUUCUCUUGCUCUUACUGCAACCACGUCUCGUACACCAGAGGGGAAUCUCAACGCCAUCUUGUUAAGCACACUGGCUCCUUCCCCUUCAAGUGCCAGUUUUGCCCCUAUGGCGCUGUGAGAAAUGACUACAUCGUGAAGCACACUCAACGGGUUCACAAGGUUUUUGAAUAUAAAGCCUCGUACAGAGCCGCCAAGAGAAGGCUUAAUUUGGAACAGCAGUCCCACUCAACCAAAACGCACGUGUACUCAUCGCCUUUGAGCACAGACACAGGCUUGCCAACUGUGAGUGUGGUCAAUAAAGCACCAGUCAGCAGUGAUGCUGUUGGAAAGGGGAAUCAUUCUAGCAGUUUGUCCAAGGUCCAGGUGGAGCUUUUGGCUCCCCUAAAUGAACCCAUUCAGCAUGACAAACCUUUGACCAUCGCUUAUUCGCCAGAAAUGAACAUACCCCCUGGCUGCUUCGUUGAACUUGUGGAGGUAAAAACAGUCAAUGGGACCAAAGAGCUGGAGCUUAAGUUAGUGUCACAGCAAGCUGCUGAAAACGAAUCACUUGCGAAAAAUUUGGAAGUCCAGACAGGGAAAGUCGGUGUUCAGAACAGCCGCAUAGGCAAGCCCACCUUCAGGUGCAGUGUCAUUCCACAGGAAAACAAGGUAACCCAUCCAGAGCCUCGUACUGUAAACCAGCCCGUGGAAAAAAUAGAUUUCUCCUCAGUGAAAACUGUGUUGGGUUUAUCCCGUGAUCGGGCUCCAGAGUUAAAGAAACACUCAAAGGAAGCUCAAGAGGCUGUGAAAGAGGACACCGGUGAGGAUGUAAGGGGAUUUCGUGGGAAAUCAACUAAGGAAGCAUCCUGGAGUGUGCGCCCACAAAUGGGAAAUAAAUCACAGAGUUUAGGCAAACUUGUGAGUUCUUUUCAGCCUCAGUCCAUAUUAUCUACUGAGGGUACUCAAAAUAAUGCCACCCAGCAGAAUGUUGUCAGACACACUGGACCCUCAACAGCCUAUAAUAUUGGUAAACUGCCCUGCCGUAUUGUUCCUAAGGACAAUAUAAUCUGUGGCAAUCCAUCUCAUCCAACAAGUAAUUCCUUCACUCCCCGUGAGAGUACGCUGUCUAAAGGGAAAUGUUGUCCAUUUGUCAAUGCCAUUCCUAAGAAAGUUGCUGAGGAUAAGGGUCCAUGUGAUGCUCCAGCUACCACUGAGCUACCGGUCAUAUCAUCAGUAUUUUCCAUUAGUCAAGGCCCUGGGGAUAUCCCAGGUGGCAUCAGAUGGGAGCAGGCUUUAAAUAACAACCUGGGAAUUUCUCACAAUGGGAACAUAUCUGCUCCAGAACAAGGGAAUGCUAAAAAUAUAUUGUCCACCAGACCCACAUCAACAUUAGUGGAUACCUAUGGAGGCCCUAAAGGGGGAACAAGUCACAAGCUCACAAAUAAAGGAAAUCCGAGUACAAACACAGAGAGCAUUAAGACAGGCUCGCCAAGCCUUGUCAGUGAAGCACUAAGGUCUCCGCUCGUGGGUCAGACUUCCCUGCCCCAGCUGAGCAAGAUUUCUCCUUGUGACCUGGUCAAAAAUCCAGCAGACGCACCUGCAAAACAGAAAAGCCCAAAAAUUGUGGAAGACUCAGUGCCAGUGUUCAUUCCGCAAGGAGCCGUGCUGAAGAUCUCAGAGUCCAACACGUCCUCGCUGACUCUCAAGCUCUCCGCACCAGCUUCAGAGAUGACGGGAAGCUGGAUGCCCAGGCCUGUCCUUUUCAGCAGUUUAAACGGACGGAACAAUUCGGACAUGGACCACUUGGGCCAGAACAAGGUUCCUAAGCUCUCACUCAAGAGGAGGAAGUCGGGAGCGGAAAACAAGGGCUUGGAUGAAGACUGGGAGCAGCAGCGAUCGCAGUCUCAGGGCAGGCAUGGUGAUGCUUGGAAAUUAGCUAAGCACAAGAAGAGGAAAAAACACAAGAAGACCUCUAAAGUGAAAUCCCUUUCACAAGUGGCAAAGAAAACCCAAAGAGGCACAGGAAGAUUCUGGCUCAUUCCACUGAAAGAGGAUCAGCCAGUUAAAUGCCCAGGACCUGACCAACCCGUCGUAGUCCUUAAUCACCCAAAGCCACAGGCUCUUAAGGCAACGACCAACAUACAAACCAUGCUCAGAGGCAACAAAAGCUUCCCCAACUGUGCUCUUCCCACAAGAGAACGGUCUGUUAUGUGGCAGACAAGGACAACUCGCCAAACACCAGACCAGACCCGGCGCACAUUAAAAAUGAAAUUAAAGAAAGUCCAUCAAAACAAAUACCAGAUAGUGGGGUUUGUGUUUAGAGACUCUCCCACUGACACUCAAGUGCUAGCCCGGUGAACAUGUGUUUUUAAGCAACAGAAAGGAAAAAAUGAUCAGAUAUGGAAGACUGAAACUCCAGAUAAAUGAUCACAACACAAUUGUGAAUCAGGAAUGUUUUAAUAUACAAGCCAGCUUACAAGUGUUUGUGCUAGAACAUACCAUGACAUUUCAAUUGAAUUCCUUAUUAAGGAAUUGUCCGUUUGGUCACCAAUGUUGAUAUGAAUAUGAUUCACAGCAAAAAGUGAUUGCGAUUGGUGAUGAUAAUUAUGCCUACUUACCAACUUGCCAUAGAGCCGGUCAAGUUUAUAACAUGAGGAAAAAAUGCCAGGAAACCAGUAUGUUAACCGACAAUGUCAAAUGUAUAGUGUUUCUGAAAACCUGCAAUGUGGUUUUUCAUUUUCUGUGAAAUAUGUACAGCUAAUGUGACACCUUUUACAAUAUGUAAAAAAAAAAAAAUUCUGCGGUUGCAAUUUAAUUUCAGUCUGAUGCAAUGUUUAACGACUAUGGUCAUGUAGGCAUGCUAUGUAUGGCUUUUUCCAGUUAGAAGGGCAGAUGUUAACAGAUAUGUUAUAUACUAAUAAUAAUAAUAAUCAUAUUCUAUGUAUAUAUAUACAUAUAUAUAUGUAUAUGUAUAGGUAUAUAUAUAUAUAUUUAUACAAAAAUACAGUGUGUUUGGGUUUGGGAAUCGUGAUCACGGCCAGUCAUCGUGUCUCUUAUGCGGUCAUUUUUUUUUUUUUUUACGGAAUCUCAAUAGCGUUCAUAUCUUAUCUGAACAGUCCAAUCAUACAUUGACUCCAGAAAGUUUCUGGUCAGUGGCCAGUACAUAUUAAUUUUUCACAUUCCAAUUGGAGAUUGCUUUUGUGUAGCAUGUGUGCUCCAAUCACUUAUCUUAAAAUGUGUCAUACUGCAUUAAUGUAUAACAUUACCAAAGCUCCUUAAAUAUUGUUCUGACUGUGUAUCAGUUGGUUUUCAGCCAACAACCAACACCAAACCCAAACAUCGUAUUUCACUGGCCAGAGUUAAAUACCAUGAAAUAAGAAGUGUUUGAUGUACAUAAUCAGAAAACAGUGUUAGGCAGGAAUUACACCAGGAGUGGAGUUGACACAUAGCGGAAGUUAAGCGUGCAAUGUUAUUUAUACCAAAACUGUUGUAUGACUGGUCCACCAGCAGAUCCUUGAGGGUUGCUCAGAAACUGCCAUUAGAAACAGAGUUAACAAUCAUUGCAUACUGUUGUUAAUUAAAUCAUUUUGUGUUAACAUCACAAUUGGUUACAUAUUUAAAGUUUUAGUGUUAUUUUGCAUUCCUGUUAAAAGUGCAUUUGCGAUGAGCCUGUCUUCCCUGCCAACUGAAAUCGUCUCAGCCAGUUAUAUGGCACAAUGCAGAGCAGCCAGCCACAGCAGGCAAUGUCACGGUCUGAAUUCAAUUGUAGAUCUUUGGGCCCAUCCAUAUACUGGAACAGUGCCUUAACAGGAUGAGGCACCCAACAACUCCAUAAUGAUUCAUUUGACUCUGAAGCUACUGUACUGUGCAACUUUAUAUUAUAUGUUAUAUGUUACUAAAUUAUGUCACUGAAUGAAGUUGUUACUUAAAUAAGGAUUAUAAUUUCUAAAGCAUGCCACCAGGAUUUCAAUCCAUGUGUGGUUCAUGCUAGCUUCUGAACUACUUAGACACACCCAUUUCAUUCCAAAUGAAUUUGUUCAUGUUUGACUGUAAUUUGGAAGAAAAUAACAGGGUAGACUGUUCCAGCAUAUGAGUUUUUACAUUUUUAAACUUUAUUGUUUUCACAAUAUACAUUUGUACUUUGAGGUUUUUCCACUACUGAAUGGUGUUCCGCUAAAAAUAACUGAAAUAUUUUUUCAGUUCUUGUCAUAGAUAUAAAUAGUCUGGAUUCAUUUGCUUUUUUGCUUUAUGUUUAUUAUCUUCACAAUUAUUGUUAUUAACAACACAUUUUGGUUAUGUAACAAGUGGAAUGUUAAACAUUCUUAUUCUGGGGCAAAUUACCUUGUAAUGACACUGUUUUGAGUGUGUUUACUUUCUCUUACUGAAUUAACUGCUGUUUCUUCUCGAAUGUCCUCCAACACUGCUGGCUUUGGUUUAUCAUGGGUCUUUUAUAUAAUUUCAUUAAGAUUUUGCCUAAAUAAAUGAAAAAGGUGUUCGGUGUAAUCAGAA